AUGGCAGUGAACGGCAGAUCUUAUGCUGUCCUCGGCGCAACGGGCAAUUGCGGAACGGCCCUGAUCGAGAACCUGUUGAACAGACCGGAUACGAUCGUUCAUGCGUACUGCCGCAGCAAGGCCAAACUUUUCUCUAAGCUACCCGAGAUCCGGGAAAAUAAGCAUGUACGUGUUUUUGAGGGAGGAAUUCACGAUGCCGAUCUCCUUAGAUCGUGCGUUCGUGACUGCCAGGCGGUUUUCUUGGUCGUCUCAACGAACGACAACCUUCCCGACUGUCGGCUGGGACAGGAUACUGCCUCCAUCUUGGUGGAUGUCCUGCGGAGUUUGAGGGCCGAAGAAAAGAAUAGAAAAAUGCCCAGGGUCCUCCUCCUUUCUUCAGCUACGCUUGACGAAGGAUUCUCCCGCCAUCAGCCGGCCCUUCUCCACCACAUCCUGAUACGCUCAGCAUCUCACGUCUACAAGGACCUGGUGGAAGCAGAGAAACUCCUGAGAGCGAAUGAAGACUGGCUCACAUCGAUCUUCAUUAAGCCGGGCGCCCUGUCGGUGGAUAUCCAGCGAGGACAUGCCCUGAGCCUGACCGAUGAGGACGGACCACUCUCAUAUCUGGAUCUGGCGGCUGGAAUGAUUGAAGCAGCUGAUGAUGAAGAGGGACGAUAUGACUUGAAGAAUGUCAGUGUGGUGAACAUCAAUGGCAGAGCCAGAUUCCCGCCUGGCACGCCCUUGUGUGUUGUGAUGGCUCGGACACAAGCGGCCACGCUUGACAAGUUCAUCAAGGGCUGGGCCGAUUGGACAAUCGACAGCUUCAUUGCUACCUGGUCGGAUGAUUGCACGCAGCAAAACCUACCGUUCAGCAGCAACUCUCCGAUCAAGGACCGUGCCCAUGUUAAGCGGCUGUUUCCCGUUCUGAUAUCUAUUCUGACAAACUUCGAGCUUACCGUGCACAAUGUUGUCCACGACGUGGCGGGAAGCAAGGCCGCAAUCUACGCACUCACAAAGGCCGACUCUCCGUGGGGGCCCUAUCGCAAUGAGCAUGCUCUUUUCUUAUGGUUUGAUGAAACUGGCACGAAAGUGAAGAAGAUCGAGGAACUCUUUGACACGGUCGUGAUGCAGGAAUUCCUUCCUAAGAUCCAUCAAUACACUGAGGAGCAUAUGAAGAAGGUGGCUAAUGGGCAGGCCUGA